UUCCGUUGGAAAACGAUUGAUUAGUUUCGACUGUGAACUGCUACCGGACGGACACGUGCGCGGCUUAUCGUCCUUCUCGAGCUAGAGCUAAGCGGAUUGGGAUUUAGUUUCUGUUCUGAGUGUUCCUCCUGUUAACUGUAGAGCUGGUCCUGAGGGGUGUGCAAUUGCCUUUCGAGUGUUGUGUCGGUCGAUGGAGGACUAUUAAGGUUAAUUUUAUGCACAUUCCGGACUGUCCUGGUGACGGGUGGUGAUUUCCGUGCUGAAAAGCACAAAGCACUAGAGCACUUUUCCAUAAUCAUACAUCAACUGGGGAACUGCCUUUCUUUUGCCUUCGAGUCAACUACUGCCAGUUGGCUCCGCAUGAUAAAAGUGAAAUAUUUAUACCAACAGGAAGACAACUUCGGAACGACGACGCUGUGGGUCAAUGUGAGAAGAAUAUAUAAGUGAAAAGGGAAACCCCCGAUGAAAAUACAUAGUACAGCAUAAGGAAAAAAAGUAUAGCACGCAGGUAAAAAGUGAAAUGUAUGGAAGAUAUAGAAGAGCCCACAAAAAGUAUGACUGUGAAUAAUCCAACAGUAAACGGGGAAAGCAAAAACUGCCCGUAAGGCUUCCACAUCCUCGUUUUUGUCCCGUUCUGGUUCCAGCAGUGCCCAAUGUGGAAGCUCAUUUGAAUUAUGAAGUUCGUUCGUGACCAUCACCGAAGUCAAACAUGAUUCCAGUGGGUGUGUGACAAUGACGCAAGCAUCCUGAAGCUAAUCGGUUUGAGUAGAGCACCAAUUACGUUUGUCAGUGUUUUUUUUUCGAGCGCUUUCGAAAGCACAAUCAUAAUUAAUUGAAAACUGUUUCAAUGGAAGAAAAAAACUGCUCUCACGCAGCACAGAGCAAGGAAGUGCAAUGAAAAUGUAUGCAUUAAAACGGCACAGUGCAAGUACGUAGUGGGAAGCCUGGAUACUCUCCGGGAAAUGCAACUAUUCAAACAAUCGUCGAUGUACACAAAAUGGUGACUAUCCAGCGAGAACGAAUCCAACGGCAACGACGAAUCGUCAGCAAAACUCACUUCUAACCGGGGACCGUUUGCAGUGCUACUUCACUACUAUGAACACGAAGCUGAGACUAAUUGCAUCGUUGAUUAACUUCUUCGUCAUUGCAGUGGCAGAUACCCUUAGCCCCGACCUCCAAAUGUACUGGGAGAACAACAUGGUGCAUCCGUACUUCGACAAUACCACCAAACGAGACGUGACUGCCAUUGCCGGGCAGACCUGUCAAUUGCACUGUCGAGUCAAAAGUCUGGGAGACCGAGCGGUAUCCUGGAUUCGGAAACGAGAUCUACAUAUCCUAACCGUUGGAAUACUGACGUACACCAACGACCAGCGCUUCCAGUCGCUCCAUACCGAAGGCAGUGACGAGUGGACGUUACGGAUAACGUCUCCCCAGGCACGGGACUCUGGCGUCUACGAGUGCCAAGUAUCGACUGAGCCGAAAAUUAGUCAAGCCUUUCGGUUAAACGUAGUCGUGUCGAAAGCCAAGAUCCUAGGAAAUGCGGAAUUGUUCGUAAAGAGUGGUAGCGACAUUAAUUUAACGUGCGUCGCCCUGCAGUCACCGCAGCCGCCUUCUUUUAUCUACUGGUACAAGGGCGGCCGGGUGAUCAAUUAUUCGCAAAGGGGUGGCAUCAGUGUGCUGACCGAGCAGCAAACUCGAACGAGCCGGUUGGUCAUUGCACGUGCAUCCCCGUCGGACUCGGGAAACUACACUUGCUCGCCAAGUAAUUCCGAUUCUGCCAGCGUUGUGGUGCACGUCAUCAAAGGAGAGCACCCAGCUGCUAUGCAGCAUGGUGUAAAUCACGCAGAAAGGGUGCAUAAAUCAGAUCAGAUCAUCGCAGUGCUCGUUAUAUCGCUGUUCUGCAUUCAGCUGCUGGGCAAUGGGUUUCCCAACAGAUAAGGCCAAUCAUAAGGGGAUGCGAAACACGAGCCCGCUUCAGUUGACUGUUUUUUUCCUCUCUCGCUUAGUAUAAAUAUGUACCAUAAACAGCAAAACCAUCUUCGCAUAGAGGCAUCUAGAACCAGGAAAGGGCAGAACACCAAACAUCCAACUAGCAACAUCCCCAACGACAGCCACCGCCACCCCCAACCACAGCACCAUUUGAUCUUUCAUGCCGUCACACCGUCAGAGCAAGCAGCACACGAAUAUAGGCGUAAGAAGCCAUCAGACCUAGGAGGGGGUUUCCAAUGCUCAUACAAAGCAAUUGCCCUUCCCCACAGUCCACAGCAAACGAAGCUUCCCAACCACGAAGGAAAUGAUCAAGCGAGAAACGGGCAUAACUCCGGCCACUGCAGAAGGCAGGAACUCUCUGCGACAAAGGACAAGCUUUGUCGCCCAAUGGAGCUUUGUUUUUCCCGUUUUCAAAAAUAGCACCACCAAAGCUCUGCCAUCACAUCCAUAUCGCAUCAGUGGCAGCCCUCGGCAAAUGAGUACGAUUUCCACACGUGCCAGCCUCAACAGCAGCAGCAGCAGCAGAAGUCAGGACCGAAAGCAUUGCCUUCGGAAGAGAAACGACGAGCCUAGGGUAUGUAACAGCACAACCGAGGCAAGGCAGAGCAACAAACAUCGAGGAAAAGCAUUUUAUAAUGAUGGAUGGUGACAAGUACCUCCGUUGCGCGAGGCGAAAGAAAAACCGAAAAGAUUCCCACAACGUGUGCUUCGCGAAGUGCUCACGAUACUUGUGCAUAUUGCUCUCUAUAUAAGUUUAGGUAGUAACAAAGACCUGCACCGGAAUUUGUUAGGUUGGAAUGUGUGAGUUGGGCAUUGUAGGGUGUGGUCUAAAUCCCAAAAUAUUUCGAAGUACAAAUUCAGAACAACAAAAUGGGAGAUGAGCUUCGGUCUCAAGGCAUCCAGUACAAAACAAAUAUUUCGUUAAGGUUUAAAGGUGCCGCAAAGACCGUAAGUGCAGUUUUACACGUUUCCUCAGUUUUACCUAAUAUAAUACCAGUUACAAAUUCCCACCCUAUUUUCCCGUUUUCUUCUGUCUUGUGUGCGCUUUCUAUUCAUAUUAUCAUUCUGGUUUAUAGUAGUAAGUCAGCGUAACCUAAGCAAAUCGCAAUGUUAGAAGUUGUUUCGUUAAAUAUCGGAGACUUCAUUAAAUAAUUAAAACUACACAUAUACCCUUUACACCACAUCUAAACCUUUAACAAAAUAUUUUUUUUAUAAUAUGAUAUUUUGAGACCAAUGAUUAUUUUCCACUUUGCCAAAAGAUGUUGGGAAAUAAGCCCCACCCUAGUGCAGCAAGGAAACAGAAAGGCCGAAGAACCGAUACAUCAAAGUGGAAAAGUUUUCCCUCCCGGACACCGGGCUAUUUUGAGGGUGUUCAUGAUUGCUUGCUGUAUGCGGUUCUCUCCGUUGUUGGUGGAAGCAAUGACGUGUGAUAUUUGGUCCACCACCGACGAUCCUUUGCUGGACGGCUCUCCUUAGUCCUCCUGCUCCAGGUCGUUGGUAUAUUGCGUCAAAAAUUGCUGUUGUCAUGACAAGGACAAUCAACUUCCAUCAUGGUUUGGGUCUUGUGUUCAGAUUCCUAUCGCAAAUUAGGAGGAAAUACCUUUCUUUCAAAAUGUAAAAGACCCUCAAUGAACAUGUUUAUUCGCUGGGUGGCCCUGACGGGGCGAAUUUCUUUUGGAGUUCAUUUUUGCGGGGAAAAAUGGUCGCUAGCUGCGAAGUGAUCAACGAAAGGCCGAAUAAUGAACUUUAAAUUUUAGAGCGAAGUAUAUUACAAAAUUGGAUCGAUAUUGGAUUUUUUGUGCAUCAUCAUAUUGAGGUGAGAAUGUACUGGAAUCGUCUUCUGUCUUUACUGACUUCAGUCUGUUACUGACAUGGUUCUGGUCCAAUACUUUCAAAGGAUCAAAGAUAAAUGUUUGUUUGAUGAGCUGGGCUAGAAAAUUGGACAUUCAUUAUUAUUGCAGUGUUCCGUCAAAUAAUGUCCUAAAAUUAAUCGUUUUUAUUGUCAUGAUAAAAUCUUUAUUUUAUUA